AUGCUCCGGUGGCGGGGCCGGGCGCGGGGCGUCGCGGUGGCGGUGGCGCACGGGCUGUGCUCGGGCUCGCUGAACAUCCUGCUGAAGUUCCUGCUGGCCCGCUACCACUUCGCCUUCCUGACGCUGCUGCAGUGCCUCAGCAGCGCGGCGGCGGCGCUGGGGCUGGAGGCGCUGCGGCGGCGGGGGCUGGCGGCGCUGCCGCCCUUCGGGCCCCGCCUGGCGCGCCCCUUCGCCGCCGUGGCCGCCCUGGCCACCCUGCAGUCCACCCUCACCCUCUGGUCGCUGCGCGGCCUCAGCCUCCCCAUGUAUGUCGUCUUCAAGCGCUGCCUGCCCCUCGUCACCCUGGUCACCGGCGCCCUGGUGCUCCGCGACGGCAUGCCUUCGCCCGGCGUCCUCGUCGCCGUCCUCAUCACCACCUGCGGCGCCGCGCUGGCCGGAGCUGGUGACCUAACUGGGGAUGCUAUGGGCUAUGUGACAGGCGUGCUGGCCGUGCUGAUACACGCUGCCUACCUGGUGCUCAUUCAGAAAACCAGUGUAGACAGUGAAUAUGGACCCCUGACAGCUCAGUAUGCCAUCGCUGUUUCGGCCACCCCUUUCCUCAUCAUCUGCUCCUUUGCCAGCAUGGAUUCCAUCAACGUCUGGUCCUUCCCAGGGUGGAAGGACCCUGCCAUGGUAUGCAUCUUUAUUGCUUGUGUCCUGAUUAGCUGUGCCAUGAACUUUACCACCCUUCACUGCACUUACAUUAACUCGGCUGUGACCACCAGCUUUGUAGGGGUGGUGAAGAGCAUAGCCACCAUCACGGUAGGCAUGGUGGCAUUCAAUGAUGUGGAGCCCACAAAGUUAUUUAUAGCUGGUGUUGUGGUCAACACCUUGGGGUCUAUCAUUUACUGCGUGGCCAAGUACGUUGAGACCAGGCGGCAGAGCAACUAUGAGGACCUGGAGAAAGAAGCUAGAGAAGAGGAGGGGAAAAGGCAGGCUGGAGACCAAGCUUUGUUUGCCAUGGAGAAAAUUUCUCAGGGGAAGGGGGCUGAGGAAGCAGCAGUGGAAGAAUCAUCCACAGGUCAGAGACAGAGUGGAGAGGAAGAGAAGGACGUCACUGAGAAAUCAGCCAAGGCACUUGUGGUUCAGGAAAAAUCCACCAUCACACAAGAAGUGAACAGAAGCUCGCUGAAAGAAGCCUAUCUUGGAGUAUGGAGGUUGGUGAGGGGUGCUAAUUAUAUAAAGAAGGAUUAUUUGAUAGAAAACGAAGAGCUACCAAACCCUUAA